UGGUGUGUCAGUGCUGGAUGGGAUACAUUCUUCUCUCCUAAGUCUGCAGUGCUUUCAGGAUCUCUUCCAGUAGAACAUGUUAGAACUGCAUGAAGAGAAUUACACCAAUCACUCUCUUUCUGUUCAAUAAAUCUGACUUGGAUCUAAAUCUAGAUAAUUACAAGAGCUUGAAUACAGCUUGCAAUUGAGGAAAGGAAUACAUUAUGUGUUUCAAACAAGGAGGAUCAUUCUCUCCGAUGGGAAGUGAUGAGUGUGACUGAUUGAACAUAAUAACGAUGGCAGACAAUUGGUCCAUCACCCACAGAAACCUGAGGAGCUCACCCUGCAAAUUUCCACUGUCCCAGCUUCCAUUUCCCUAAGGGUACCCUGACCUUCACAUAUGCAGCCUGCAUGACAACCCCACACAGGGUAAAUUAAAAGGUUGCUACUCUCUGCCAAGGACAAUAGGCGAAGUUGUUGCUUUGGGAGACUUGACAUCAGCAGAAAUACACCCUUUUGCCAUAACAAAUGAUUCCGUGUUUGUGAAUUUAACACCUCUAACGCCAGACCCCAUAAGGACCAAUUACUAGCCGAAGAGAGCAAGACCAAGAUGAAAGACUUGCUGUUUACAGUUUGCUUGCUCGCAGGACUUGCACUGACAAACUCAGUUCAGACCUCCGAGUGGAGGGUUGUCUGCCUCAAGCUGUGCAAAUGUGAAGUCCGACCCUGGUUUUCUCCCUCAUCCAUGUAUAACGAGGCUCCGACUGUGGACUGCAAUGAUCUAGGACUUCUGUCUCUGCCGGAGAGGUUGCCCUCAGACACGCAAGUACUUCUAUUUCAGGCCAACAACAUUGCAAAGAUCGGCAGUCCCUUGGAUUACUUGGUAAACCUAACAGAGGUAGACCUAUCUCAAAACAAUAUAUCUUCGUUGAGUGACAUCUAUCUAGGUCACCUUCCACAACUUCUGUCUUUGCACCUAGAGGAGAACUGGCAAAACAGCCUUUUCGAUAAUAGCCUUGCACACUUUCCAAACCUUCAGGAGCUCUACAUUAACCAUAACCUGCUCUCCUUGAUCAGUGCAGAGGCUUUUAAAGGGCUUAACAAGCUUCUGAGGCUCCACCUUAAUUCAAACAAACUGAGAGCCAUAAGAACAGAGUGGUUCCGUGAUCUUUCCCAGUUAGAAAUAUUGAUGAUAGGGGAGAAUCCAAUUGCCAGAAUACAAGACUUGAAUUUCAAGCCCCUUAUCAGUCUCCGUAGUCUUGUGUUGACUAGAAUGAACCUCACAGAAAUCCCCGACAGUGCCCUCGUUGGCCUUGAUAAGCUGGAGAGUAUAUCGUUCUACGAUAACAUGUUCCCGAAAGUACCUCAAGCUGCUAUUAGACAAGUGCGGAACCUCAAGUUUCUGGAUCUUAACAAGAAUCCCAUUGAAAGGAUCCAAAGAGGGGACUUUGUGGACAUGAUCCAUCUAAAAGAACUAGGCAUUAACAGCAUGCCAGAGUUAGUUUCGAUAGACAGCUUCGCCGUUCAUAACCUUCCAGAAUUGACCAAAAUUGAAGCGACAAACAAUCCCAGACUUUCCUACAUCCAUCCGUAUGCUUUCUCUAAACUUCCCAGACUUGAGUCCCUAAUGCUCAACAGCAAUGCACUCAGGGCCCUUCAUCACAUCACGGUGGAGUCCCUGCCUAACCUGCAGCAAGUGAGCAUGCACUCCAACCCCAUUUACUGUGACUGUGUCAUCCGCUGGAUCAAUAUGAACAAGACCAAGGUCCGCUUUAUUGAGCCGGAUGCACUUUUUUGUUCAGGGCCCAUAGAGUUUCAAGGUCGUCUUGUCAGGCAUGUACACUUCCGUGAGAUGGCGGAUAUCUGUCUGCCACUGAUUUCACCAGAGAGCCUUCCCGAUCAGGUCAACACGGAUAGCGGUCGUUUGGUAUCAAUGCACUGCAGGGCGUUUGCGGAUCCUGAGCCUGAAAUCUAUUGGGUCACACCCUCGGGAGAGAAGAUCUUACCACAAAUGGUUUCCAACAAGUAUUACCUGCACCCAGAAGGGACGUUUGAGAUUUAUGACAUCUCAGAGAAGGAGGCUGGGCAGUAUACCUGUGUGGCUCAAAAUCUCAUUGGCUCAGACAUGAGGUCGGUCUCAGUCAUAGUAAAAGGGUACUAUCCGGUGCUAAUAAAUGAAUCUCUACAUGUACAAGUGAAAGGGACUGAGCCACAUUCUGUUAAGAUUUCUUGGGUACCACCCAAGGGAAGCCUUGUGUCAAAAAUUAAGUGGUCAACCAUGUCAAACCGUCUGACCUUGCAGUUCACAGCCCAUGUGUUGUCUGAUGUAAAUACCUUCAACCUGACACAACUCCAUCCACUGACGCAGUACGAGGUAUGUGUGGAAAUGACAGACCUGAAAAGCAGAUAUUUGAAAAAAUGCUUGAACGUCAGCACCACAGAUGACUCUGUUUCACAAGGAAAAACUGACAAUAAAAUGUAUGUUUUAAUCACCAUCACAGCACUGCUUCUAAUUGUAUCUGCAGUGGUCUGUUCAUUCAUCUACACGUCACGGAGGAGUGAUCACAUGUACAGGAAAUUAAGAAAUAAGCAGUCUGAGAUACUGCCUUCUCACAUUAAGCUGAUGUGGGGGUCGAGAGUUAAAGCCAAUGAUUCAGCCAAUGAAACAGACUUGACAAAAGACUCCAUUUGAGAAUGCAAAGGUUUGCGAUGGACACAUGACUGUGACUAAUACCUCUUUCAAUCUGAUCCUGACUCACCCAGCUGGAUCAUUAUGAAAUGGAUUCAGUAUGGUUUGUGGUCCGAAACAUUUCCUGUUAAAUCUGACAUUGAUUGCCAAAAGCCGCUAAUUGUUUAAAUGUCACACUUCACUGGGGAGCAUGAGGAGAAAUGCUAUUUCAUGCAGGAUCAAAGAACAGCACAUGAAAGUUGGUCCCUGACUGUUUACACAGAGUGCAAAGCCUCAGUGGCUAAGUCUUUUUUAUUGUGGGCUUGUAGCAACACUACGUGUGCUGUGUCAUAGGUAAAAUAAACAAUGUCAAGUUUUUGAUGGACUACGCUUUGUAGAAUAGAUCAUUACAGUACACAUGUACAACGCUUUGUGAUAAAAUACAUUUAUACAUAAAAUGACAACUUGUUUUUAUUACAAGUGUUUAACACUUUACAAUGCCUUCAUGUGGCUAAUU